AGAGAGAGAGAGAGAAUGAAUAGUUUAUGUAAAUUCUUAUGGCAGACUUCCCUACAAACAAGACAUUCACUUCAACUAUUUGUGACUAGUCAUAACAAGUUUUCAAGUUUCACACCACAAGAAACAAGAUCAACGCAAAAUACAAACAUAUCCAAAAAGUCUGUUGAAUCGGACUAUUCUUCGUCCCCUUUGGAUGCUGCAAAGAGUUAUGUGGAGUGCAUUGCUGCUUUGACAGAGUGGUCUCCAACAGAUUUAAAUAUCAAAACAAAUAAGAAUAGUAGCGAUUCCAAUUCUGCAGAUGAAGAAAGAAAACAAUCUCUUCUCGAUGUUCGUCGCACUACUCACAACACUUUAUGGGAAGUAUUGAAGAAACCUCCAGCACCACAAAAGAUGAAGUUAUUCUCUGUUCGACAAAUAACGCAAUCCAUCAUACAAUCUUUUGCUCAUACCUUUGUGGAUGUAUUUCCACGUUUAGAUAUAUCAAGAAAGGCAAGAAUGAUGGGUAUUUUGAUGGUUGACUUUCCAACCCAUUCCUCUAUAGUUUCCAAGUUGUAUCCUUCUUUAAAGUUGUCAUCUUCUAUGAACCUGAAUAGUCAAGAUUGGGAUGAUGACUAUGCACGAGACUUUCAAGGUUCUCUAUUUUAUUAUCCUGGAGUGGAGAAAUAUUAUGGAUGGUUCUUUUAUUGGAACUUUUUCUCUUUGCUUCUCAAUCAUCCCAAAGGACUUGAAGUUUUAUGUGAUGUGAGAUAUCUUUUGAAUAUUAUUUAUACACCAGAACAAGUGAAGCAACUGGAAUCCUAUUUCCUAGUCGAUCGUCCUUUUCAAGUAGCAACGGAUAGUAUUUCAUGGCUCGUUAGAUACAAUCAUCGAGUACUUGCGCCUUGUUUUGGUCAAAGCUUUUUGAGAGUUCAUGAAUUGAAUGCAAACUAUGCUCCAUUUCUAGUAGCCUAUUCCCGAGCACUAAAGAGACUUCAUGCAGUAGAAUCACAAGAUGAAGGAAAUCGAAGAAUACAAUAUAAAUAUCGACGAAUCUAUGCUCUCACUCAAAUAGGAUUACCCUCCAUUCCAUUGUCUUUUUGUGAAGUUGUUUUCUUACCUCAACCAGCCACCAGUCUUCAUCAAAUAGAAGAAUUGAUAAAGAACGACGAAUCCAAUCUUUCUACCAGUUAUCCAACUGUGAUUGAACAUAUUCGUUCCUUUAUGUUACCAAGAAUGAAUUUUUCAAGACUAUUAUUGAAUCGAGUGAUGCGCGAAAGAAUACCUCAAGUCACGAAACAAACGGAUAGAAUUUAUUCACUGAGUCGAUUGGGAGAUUUUGUGGAUUGGCUUUGGAGAUAUUUUAUUUUGAGAAUCGGUACUCGAGAGUUUCCAGUAUCGAUGCCUAAAGAUGUUUAUAUUCGAGUGGAAACAGUGUUGAGUAUCCUUUAUGGAGAUUUGAAUCGUCAACCAUUGAGAAUGAAAAGUGAAUUUUCACAAUGGGACUAUUCACAAUUAGAACAAGAGAAGGAGUUGUUGUUGUCACUUUGUGCAUUGUAUAUAUGUUAUGUGAAACGUUUAAAAGGACUUCCUUAUGAUGCACUUGCAACUUUUCAUUUAGGAAAUGGUGCUGAAUUAUCCGAUAUAUGUUGGAUGGGAGACAACUCACCUACUGCAAUGGCUAAAAAUCUUUGUAUGAUGGCAUUGUUUAGUUAUCAUUGUUGUGAGUGAAAAGGUCAAGACAUUAUUGGAUCGAUUG